AACAAGAAGAACAAAAACAACAAGAAGAAGAACAAAAACAACAAGAAGAACAAGAAGAAGAAAAACAAGAACAAGAAGAACCAGAAGAAGAACAAGAAGAACAAGAACAAGAACAACAAGAACAAAAACAACAACAAGAAGAACAAGAGAAGAACAACAACAACAAGAAGAAAAAGAACAAGAACAAGAAGAACAAGAAGAAGGACAAAAACAAGAAGAAGAACAAGAAGAGGAACCAGAAGAAGAAAAACAAGAACAAGAAGAAGAACAAGAAGAGGAACCAGAAGAAGAAAAACAAGAACAAGAAGAACCAGAAGAAUAAGAAGAAGAACAAGACAAGAACAAAAACAACAAGAAGAAGAACAAGAGAAGAAGAACAAGAAGAAGAAGAAAAAGAACAAGAAGAAGAAGAAGAAGAAGAACCAGAAGAAAAAGUGCCAGUAGUGGCUUAAUGGUUAAGGCUCUGGUUUAGUGUCCGGAAGGUUGGGGUUCAAGCCCUGGUGCUGCCACUGUUGGGCCCUUGAGCAAGGCCCUUAACCCUCUCUGCUCCAGGGGUGCUGUAUCAUGUCUGACCCCAACUUCCUGAUAUGCUGGGAGUGUGAAAGAGGCAGGCAGGUGUGUGGAGAAGAUCACUUCCGGAACAAGGAAGAGAAAGCGAGAGAGAGAGAGAGAGACAUGGAGAACCCUUCUGGCACUCCACCAAACUUCUCCUGGGUGGAUGUUAAUAAAGUGGCAGGACUGGCCUGGCCCUCCAGCCCAGCUCAUUACCGCUUCUUACUGGAGAAGGGGAUUAAACACCUGGUGUGUUUGUGUGAAUCCAAACCGCCGGCUUAUGAGAGCUGUCCGGAUCUCAAACUGCACCACAUCGCCAUGGUGGACUUCACUGCACCGAGUCUGAGCCAAAUCCAGACCUUUAUUUCUGUCACUGAACACGCCAACGCAGGACAGGCCGUUGCGGUGCACUGUAAACACGGCCUCGGCCGCACGGGAACCAUGCUGGCCUGCUACCUGCUGAAGACGAGGAAGAUCUCCGGAGCGGAGGCGAUUAAAACCAUCCGGGCGCUUCGCCCAGGAUCCAUCGAGACGCGCGAGCAGGAGCGAGCCGUGCUGGAGUUUCAGAAGUACCUCCAGGAGAGUCGUGAAACCACAAUGUUAAAAUAAAUGUACUGUAUUGAUUUUUGAGUUUAA